AAACUCCAAACUGAAAUGAAUUUCAAACAGAGGUCGUCUUGGUGCAUGCAUCUCUCCUCUGCUCAUCGCGACGCUUUCUUCAGUUUGGCAGAUCUGUUUCCUGCUGGGAUGACAGUCUCCACUCCGCGGUGACUGGAGCGCAGUGACGGACACAACCUGGCAGCGUCGCGCCACAACGAUAACCGUGUGUCUGCUGCUUUACCCGGCAAGUUAUUCUCAUAAUUAUUGGAGUAUUUUAAGGAUACAGGGAUGGACGGACAGACGCCCCCCGGCUUCCCCUGUCUGUGGGCUAAGCGUGACGGGGAGCCAGACUCAGAGGCCGUGGAUAAUUUCCGCAGGAAGCUCAAAUACUAUUUCAUGAAUCCCUGCGAUAAAUUCAGAGCACGAGGACGAAAACCAUGGAAACUUAUGCUUCAGAUCCUUAAGAUCUGCCUCAUUACAAUUCAGCUGGUGUCAUUUGGACUCAGUAAUCAGAUGAUGGUCACAUUUAAAGAGGAGAACCUUAUGGCUUUCAGACACCUCUUUCUGAAAGGAUACACUGACCGCAGCCUGGACUCGUAUGCUGUGUACACCAGGAAAGAAGUGUAUGACCACAUCGACUUUAUCCUUCAUCAGUACACAAGCCUUCAGAAUCUGACUGCGGGUAACCAUGCCUACGAGAUGACUGGUGGCACGGCCACGCCCCUCUCUCUGUGCCAGAAUUUCUACCGAGACGGCAGCAUCUUUCCCGGCAACGACUCUUUCCACAUCGACCCCCACAUUGAGACGGAGUGCACAGAUGUGUACCCCUUCCAGCCGCUGACACUCCCCCUUUCAGCAGGAGAGCAGCUGAAUUUCACUCUGGACUUCAAGAGGUUGCUCUCUGUAACUGUUUACUUCAAGUUGAAGGCCAUCAAUCUGCAGACCGUGCGCCACCACGAGCUGCCAGACUGCUACGACUUCUCCAUCACUAUAACCUUCGAUAACCGAGCCCACAGUGGAAGAAUAAGAGUCACUUUACACAAUGAUGUCAGCAUCACGGAGUGUAAGGACUGGAAUGUGACAGGAGCCUCUGGCGGAAGCAUCCAGUCCCUGCUGCUUUUUGACUCCCUCGUUAUCUUGGCCUGCAUGGGGUCCUUCAUCCUGUGUGUCCGCUCUGUCAUCACUGGGCUGCAGCUGCAGGCUGAGUACGCUGCCUUUUUCCAAAUUCACCGUGGGAAAAAGGUGUCCUGGUCAGACAGAAUGGAGUUUGUGAAUGGCUGGUACAUCCUGAUCAUCAUUAGUGAUUCGUUAACUAUUGCUGGCUCUGUUCUCAAAAUGGAAAUCCAGACGAAGAAUUUAACGAAUUACGACGUCUGUAGCAUUUUACUGGGCACAGCUACAAUGCUGGUUUGGGUUGGAGUGAUCCGGUAUCUUGGCUUUUUUGAGAAAUAUAACAUUCUCAUCCUCACCCUGAGAGCAGCGUUCCCGCUUGUGGUUCGGUUCUGCUGCUGUGCGGGUAUGAUCUACCUAGGCUACUGCUUCUGCGGCUGGAUCGUCCUGGGACCUUACCACAGCAAGUUCCAAACCCUGAACACAGUGUCGGAGUGCCUGUUCUCCCUCAUCAACGGAGAUGACAUGUUCCGCACUUUCAGAGGGGUUCACCAGAAGAACUACCUGGUGUGGCUGUUCAGCAGGCUGUACCUCUACUCCUUUAUCUCGCUCUUCGUCUACAUGGUGCUCAGCCUCUUCAUCGCCCUCAUCACAGACACCUAUGAGACCAUUAAGCGGCAACAGAAGCAGGGUGGAGUUGCACUGUCAGAACUGCAGGCGUUUAUAGAGGAGUGUAAGGACCCGCCCAGCUCUGGGAGAUACAGGAAGCCGCCCACCUCCUGCCUGUCCUGCUGCUGCCUGCUGUCAGAUGAAGCCAAGGAAAGGCUGUUAUGCUGAGAGGAGACGGGAAAAAUCCACUGGUAGCAGAUCCAAAGCCGCCUCACACAAUGACUCCAUGCACAACCACUGCAGUUAAUGAAGGAAGAAUAUAGAUUCCAAAACAUCUGAAAAUAUUUGCUCCAUAUUUGUCUAAUAUUUGUGAAGAUGAAAGAAGGAAAGAUGGAGAAUAAUAAAAAAUUGA